AUGCCGUGUGUGGAGUGUGGGUAUCGCGUGGACGUGAUCCAAUGCACGGCGGUCAUAAAGAGCUGCGGCCAGGCCGGGCGCUGGGUCUGGGCGCUUCAGCUGCUGCUGCGCGGCGCCGGCCUGGCGCUUCAGCGCCUGGUGGUGGCGCAGGCUGCUGCGACCUCAGCCUGCGCCAAGAGCCACCAGUGGCGCCAGGCAAUGUCGAUGGCCGCGCAUUCGGAUGCCGGCGCGGUACAGACUGCAGCAAUGAGUGCCUGCGAAAGGGGCAGCCACUGGCCCCUGGCGCUGGCGCUCUUUGCCUCGGGCGACUCGCGCCGGUCGCUUGCGGCCUACAACGCAGCCAUCGCGCUGUGCGAGCAGUGGCAGCAGGUGGUGCACUUGCUGAUGGAGAUGCGAGGGGAAGAUCUUCGCGGGGACGUGGUCACGUAUGGCGCUGCAAUCAGCACCUGCGAGAAGGGAGAGCAGUGGCAACUGGCGUUGUGCUUCUUUGGGGAAAUGGAGGAGAGCAGCGUCCAGAAGAAUGUCAUUUCUUUCAAUGCAGCCAUCAGCGCCUGUGAGAAGGGGGAGCAGUGGCAAGCAGCUUUAGCGCUCCUCUCUCAACUUCGAUCAAGCACGCUGCAGGGAGACGUCAUCAGCUACAAUGCCGCCAUCAGCGCCUGCGGCAAGGUCGCACAAUGGGAAUGGGCUCUUUUUCUCCUGGCAGGCCUCGGAGACUCGCACAGUGCGGACUUGGUCUCCUACAAUGCUGCGAUCCGUGCAUGCGAGGGCGAGCAGUGGGCAUGGGCCUUGCAGCUGAUGGAGGAGAUGAACUCGCGAGCGCUGCGGAAAGAUGUGAUCACCUUCAAUGCUGGGAUGAGCGCCUGCGAGUUCCACUGGCAGCUUGUGCUGAUGCUGCUGGCAGAGUUGCAUGAGGAGUCUUUGCAGGCCAGCAAGAUGACCUACCCCACCGCGAUCGCCGCCUGCGGCCUUGCGGCCCAGUGGCGGCGGUCGGUGGAUCUGCUACAGUUCACCGAGGCGCCCGCGGCCUUCAACGCGGCCAUCAUGGCCUGCACCUCGCCGGAGAAUCGGCCCGGGGCUGAAACUUGGCUCUUCUUCGAUGGGGUGUGCAACCUUUGCGACGCCACGGUGAACUUUGUGUAUGCUCGGGAUUCCGAGCGACGCGUGCGCUUCGGUGCAAUCCAGAAGCACCAGGACUUGUUGGAGAGGUACGGCGCGGGGCAGUACGCGGAGGCCGGCUCCGAGGCGCUGUCUACUGUGGUGGUGAUCCAAGGUGAUCAGGUUUUCGUGCGCUCGUCUGCGGCGCUGCGGGUGCUGGCUGUCAUGGACCAGCCUUGGAGGACGCUCGCGAUGUUCUACCUAGUGCCUCUGCCACUACGCGACCUCGUGUACCGCGUGGUGGGGCACAAUCGGUAUGCCAUGUUUGGCUCCAAGGACAAGUGCAUGAUGCCCAGCGGCGACUUCAAGAAGAGGUUCUUGGAGUACGACCCCAAAGAGGACGAGAAGCCCCUGUUCAGAUAG